ACUAAUUUGUUGGAGAUGGUUUAUCAGUAUAUUCUAGCAGGGAUUAUAGCUUAUUAUAGUUUGGUGUUUGUGUUUGUUUUGUACAGUUCUGCAUCAAAGAAAAAGGCUAAAGUUUCAGAAAUCAAUAAUGGUUGUUUUAAUAAUAAUAAUAUUAGUGAAUCAGAAAUAGGAAAAAAUAUAUGCCCUCAAGAAACCUCAGAAAAUAUAGACAUCAUAAUUGUGGGAGCCGGUGUUGCUGGUGCAGCCCUUGCUUACACACUUGGGAAGGAUGGAAGACAAGUGCAUGUUAUUGAGAGAGAUCUGAGUGAACCUGACAGGAUUGUAGGUGAAUUGCUACAACCAGGAGGUUAUUUGAAAUUAAUUGAAUUAGAUCUUGAAGAUUGUGUGGACGAAAUAGAUGCUCAAAAAGUGUUUGGCUAUGCUCUUUACAAAGAUGGAAAAAAUACCAAACUUUCUUAUCCCUUGAAAAAAUUUAAUGUUGAUGUUUCUGGAAGAAGCUUUCACAAUGGACGUUUCAUACAGAGAAUGAGAGACAAGGCUUCAUCUCUUCAAAAUGUGAAAUUAGAACAAGGAACUGUUACCUCUCUAAUUGAAGAAAAUGGAAUCAUCAAAGGAGUAUACUACAAAACCAAGAAUGGACAAGAGCUCACAACAAAGGCUCCUCUUACCAUAGUUUGUGAUGGUUGUUUUUCCAACUUAAGACGUUCUCUUUGCAACUCAAAGGUUGAAGUACCAUCUCAUUUUGUUGGUUUGGUACUAGAGAAUUGCAAUCUUCCAUAUGCAAAUCAUGGACAUGUUAUCUUAGGUGAUCCUUCUCUAAUUUUAUUUUAUCCGAUUAGUAGCACUGAGAUUCGAUGUUUAGUUGAUGUGUCUGGCCAAAAAUUACCCUCCCUUGGAAAUGGUGACAUGACACAUUAUCUCAAAACAGUUGUAGUUCCUCAGGUUCCAGAGGAGCUUCAAUGUUCUUUUGUAGAAGCAAUUGAUAAAGGAAACAUAAGAAGUAUGCCAAAUAGAAGCAUGGCAGCAUGUCCUUAUCCCAAACCAGGGGCACUUCUAAUGGGAGAUGCUUUCAAUAUGAGACACCCUUUAACUGGAGGUGGAAUGACUGUGGCUUUAUCUGAUAUUGUUUUACUAAGAGAUCUUCUUAGACCUCUACAUCACUUACAUCAUGCUUCUGCUCUUUGUAAAUAUCUUGAAUCAUUUUACACACUGCGCAAGCCAGUAGCAUCUACAAUAAACACAUUAGCUGGGGCAUUGUACAAGGUAUUUUGUGCAUCUUCUGAUCCAGAUAAUAAGGAAAUGAGACAAGCAUGUUUUGAUUAUUUGAGUCUUGGAGGAGUUUUCUCAGAUGGACCAAUGGCUUUACUCUCAGGUCUUAAUCCUCGUCCAUUAAUCUUGCUUCUACAUUUUUUCGCCGUCGCUAUAUAUGGUGUUGGUCGCUUACUCGUGCCAUUUCCUUCUCCCAAACGCAUGUUGAUUGGAGCUAGAUUGAUUUCGGGUGCAUCAGGUAUCAUUUUCCCCAUUGUCAAGGCUGAAGGAGUUAGACAAAUGUUCUUUCCCUUAACUGUGCCAGCAUGCUACAGAACACCUCCUGCACAAUUUACAUAAUUAAAUAUACACAUACAUCUAAGUAUGAAAUGUUGGAAUAUGUUAUGAUUUUAUUAUGUUCAAAUAUUUUUAUGUGAGCAAAUAUUUCUAUAAUAACUAUAUUAGACAAUAUUUGUGUUGUAUAUCAAAUAAAAGAAAGACAAAUAAUAAUGAGAAUAGACUCUAGUGUAAGAAGAUA